CUUCUUCACUUUGCUAAACUGGACGGAAGGACUGAAGGACUAUGUCUUCUAAAAGGAAGAUUGUAAUUGUUAUCCUGGGAAGAGAUGAAGUCUUGAAGAAAGCCCUAAUAACCAACAUCCUGGGAAAAGAUUUAUCCAAAUUAAAUAAAAGACAAGCUUUGAAAAAAAUUGAGAUUUAUGUAAAUGAUAUAUAUGAAGUCAUGUUUACGCCAGACUUGUAUGCAGAAUUUAAGGACAUACAAGACUUGUUGUGUAUUAAUCGAUAUCCUGACAUGUGUUUGCUGGUGGUAGAACAUGGCUUUUCAGCAGACGAUGCUCGGAAGCAGAUAGAACAUCUGAGCAAUAAGACUGAAAAACCUGCAGAAGAGUUUAUCGCUUUGCUUCCACUCAGCUAUAAACCCACAGAUUAUCCGUUCAUAUCCUGCACCAUGGAACAGGUUUUCUGUGAACUCGACAGACUGGCUGAAGGCAGAAAUCUGAUGCUAACCAAAACAAAUGAGGUCAGAGACCAGAGACGGGAGAGUGCGCAGACAGCUGGAAAGCCAGCGGAUGUAUGUGCCGAACCAGGAAAACAGCCUAUAAGUGAAAAAUCAAUCAAAACCAUUAAGCAACCACAGGAACAGAGUGUCAGGUCACGGCCCUUUGUACCUCUUCCACGUUUGUCAGAACCACGCACUGUGACAGGAAUGCCAGGAAUCAAUACAAUACAACACUUCAAUACAGCAAAGCGUACCAGCAACAAAGUGAACCUUGUUCUCCUGGGAAUGUCUGGGACUGGAAAGAGUGCGAGUGGAAACACCAUCCUUGGAAAGUCAGUCUUCUUCUCUAGACCCAGUUCACAGCCAGUCACCAGAGAUUGUGAGAUAGCAGAAACAGAGAUAAAUGGCAAACAUGUGCGUGUGAUAGAUACUCCAGACAUGUUUGAUGAUGACAUUGAAGAAUCAGUUAAGAACAAAUAUCUAAAACGGUGCAAAGAGCUCUGUGAGUUACACCCUUGUGUGUUUGUACUUGUGAUGCAUAUAAGCAGAUUUACAGAUGGUGAAAGAAACAUACUGAAAAAACUGGAAAAAGCUUUUGGGAGGAAUGUUAAAGAACAAACUGUCAUCCUGUUCACUAAAGGAGAUGAUUUGCAUCGUGCUGGAAAAACACUGACUGAUUUUCUGCAUAGUUGCCAACCUGAUCUGAAGGAAAUGAUUCAACAGUUGGGCAACAGGUGUGUUCUCUUUGAGAAUAACAGAUCAGGUUCAGCUCAGGUGGAAAAGCUGCUGGACACAGUGAUCAUGGUGUUAGAAAAGCAGCAGAAAUUAUAAUGUCAUGUAUCAGAUCAUCAUGUACAGUGUAAAGAUAUAAAAAGGUUUGACAAUGAAAUUAUUUGAUGUCAUAAACCAGUAGAUAAAAAUCUUAUAAUUUUCAUUUUUUAUGUAUUAUUUUACUUUAUUUCCUACAAAUCAGCAAAUGAAAGAGUAAUGGAUUGAUAAAUUAUAUUGGGGUUUUUUGUUGUUGUUUUUUGUGAAUCUUGGUCAAACAAAUUAAUAAAAGCUCUUAAUUUUC